AUAUACUUGUACACUAAUAAACAAGGAAAAGAUUUCGUGGAGAAUUGUGGAAAUCUUUUGUUUUGCAAACCUUUUUCUGUGUUAAUAUAAAGGGGGAAAUGGGGACAGCGAAAGUCUCUGAUUCCAGCUCUGGGAAUCGAAGUGCGAGAAAUCACAAUGAAACCGAUGUGAUUUUGAAUGUCUAUGACCUCACUCCUUACAAUAAUUACACUUAUUGGUUUGGUUUCGGGAUUUACCACUCCGGUAUUGAAGUUCACGGGAAAGAGUAUGGGUUUGGGGCCCAUGAUUUUCCAAUAAGUGGAGUUUUUGAAGUGGAACCAAGAAGCUGCCCUGGUUUUAUUUAUCGAUGUUCCAUCUCAUUAGGACGCAUAAACAUGCUUUCCUCGGAAUUCAGAUCAUUUAUCGAGGAUGUAGCUUCCGAGUAUCAUGGAGAUACUUACCACCUCAUCUCCAAGAACUGUAAUCACUUUACGGAUGAUAUGGCACUUAGAUUGAUGGGCAAAUCUAUCCCUGGAUGGGUGAACCGGAUGGCUCGACUAGGUUCAUUAUGCAGUUGUUUGCUUCCUGAAAGCCUUCAAGUAACUAAAGUGAAGGAGUUGCCUGAAUACCACGACAUAGAAGAUGGAGUUGAAUCUGCCUCAACUUCCACCCCCCGCGAUUCACCUGAAAUUGACGAUACAGAUCAAGAGAAGCACUUAUUCUCAUCAAAUGAUGGAAAUUCGGAAAUAUCGUUUAUUAAAGAAGCCCAAGGGUGUUGCAAGAUGCCUUAAGCGAAGGGUUAUUAUGAUGGUCUUCGCCAAAUUUGAAGCAGAGUUGCUGAGCUUGCAAUACUAGCACGCCUUUUGUUUGAUGUUAGUGUCUUCUUUUCUCCCAUUGUUAUUAUUUGAGCAGAAGAAUCUGACUCUUGAAAUAUAGUUUGUUGUUAAUGCUUGUACGGGUGGUUACAUUGAACUCAUGGACCCCAAAUGGGAUUUACAGAGAAUUUAUUGUGAGGUUUU